AUGGCCAAAAGGGAUCGUAGCAUGUCCCCGCCGAAGCCGACGGCAAAGCGACGAAAGCGCGGCGGUAAGCGGCGUCGAAAGAAGCAGAAAGGAGAAGUUAUUCUUCCUUCUGCCCCGGCGUCUUUUGUGUGUCACAUAUGCACAAAGAACCAUUGGACAGUUGCCUGCCCCCGACUACAACGGAACCCCGAACAAUACCCAUUAAUGGAUAGAAAAAGGGGAUGCUGGAAGUGCGCUCAGCGAGGACAUCCAUCGGCGCAGUGCCCAGUCAAGAAGUACCGCUGCGCCGACUGUGGCGGCAUUCACGACACUCGUGACUGCGAGUUUGACCACAAGAGCGAGGAGUGGCAUGAGUUUUACGAUCCCAUCACACAGCAUGUCUUUUAUAGCCAUAGUGAGACACACGAGGUACAAUGGACGCCGCCAACGCACCGGCUGGACGUGGUAUUGUGGUUCUGCCCCAACUGUAAUAUACUUAUGCCAACAAGUGUGCCGGAGUGUGUCAAAUGUCACGCGCCUCGGAUGGAAUCAAAGAUAUCCUCCGAUUCUUCUUCUUCGGAAUCUUCCUCAUCUUCUUCCUCCGCAUCAUCAUUUGCUGCCGAAGACGAUAGUGACGAAGGCGCUAGUGGUUCUUCCGUGGAUGAAUAUUAA